CUUCGACCUUCGUCCAUUGAGAAACUUCUCCUUCCUUCAACUCCAAAAACAAAUAAAUAAAAUCAAAAGAAGAUAAAUCUUCACCCACCAAUUUCUUGUGGUUCUCAUCAUUUUAAAUCAUCUGAACCAAAUCCCCUCACAUUCACACCAAAUAUAAUUAUUUAUAUUUUAUACCAUGAAAUCAAAAAUACUUUAAUAAAAAUUAUCUCUAGUCCCAAAAAUUUUGCGAACACACAAAUCCUCCUGAUUGUUGUAUCCAUGGCGGGUUGUGGUUCAGUUUCAUCGUCUGCUUUUCUUGGUAGCUGGGGCUCUUCCAUAGCCGGUGACGUGAACCAGCUGCAGCCCAAGGCGGCGGUGAGGGUGGCGCGGCCGAUCAGAGCCCAGCCGGUGGUGAUGAAGAAUGCCAACGAAGGGAAGGGUAUUUUUGCACCCUUGGUUAUUGUGACGAGGAAUAUUAUCGGGAAAAAGAGGUUUAAUCAGCUUAGAGGCAAAGCCAUUGCUCUUCACUCGCAGGUCAUAACAGAGUUCUGCAAGUCAAUAGGAGCAGACUCCAAACAACGGCAAGGGCUAAUCCGAUUAGCGAAGAAAAAUGGGGAGUGGCUUGGCUUCCUUUCUUGAUCACAGUAACAAUGUGCCCAUAGCAUUUCUGUAUUAAUUCCAAUAUACAGAUAUUUUAGAUUUGUAAUCUAAACAUGGCCAUCUGAUAUGCCUUCUAAAUGUCAGCUUUAAUCUCUGCUUUUAAUUCUUACUUCUGUAUGUCUAUGCUUUUACUGUUUUUAUGCGCACUAUUUCACUAAUUUGUUGAGAUGCGGCUCACACUGAGGCCGCAGUUUGGACAUCAUAUAAAUGGC